GUCUCCAAAGUGUUCCCAAGGUGGUCUACUCUUGAGAGCAGGAGUUCAGGGUUGAUGGAGGGAGCCAAUGGGAACAAGGGAGCAAGGCCCUCCUGAUUGGCCCACUGUGGCUGGUAUGCAAAUGAGGCGGGGACGUCACUUCCUGGGACAAAUCGAGCGCCAUUUUCUCUUUCUGGCUCUGGCAAGAGCGGAGGUGGCUGCUGCGGUUGCCUGAGGUGGUGCAAGGGAUGGUCGGAGGGGCCUGAGCAGGCGAGGAUGCUCCCUCCGUCCCGCGGGGCUCGGGGCUCCAGAGGCUGAGAGCCGGGGCCAGCAGCAGGAGGAGGAGGAGCCCGCCGGGGAGGGCCGCGGAGGGGGACUUUGAGGGAGACAGACAGAGAGAGAGAGAGCCCACCCAGCAGCAGCAGCAGCAGCAGCAGCAGCAAGAGCAGAGAGGUGCCAGCCAGCCUCAGGGAGGCGCCAGAGAGCAAGGAGCGGGAGCGCGAGCGACCCCUGCAGGACGGGCAGGCAAAAGCCAACAUGUUCCAGGUUCCUGUACAAAAUCUUGACAGUAUAAGGAAGGCUCGCAAGAAAGUGAAGGGGAUUCUUGUGGAUAUUGGACUUGAUAGCUGUCGGGAAUUACUUCAGACUCUGAAAUGUUUUGACCCAGGAGAAAAAUAUUUCUGCAACACUUCAUGGAAUGAUGUGUCUCAUUUGGAGUCUGUGGCUAAAAGACGGAGAUACAGAACAAAUCCAUAUUGCUGUAGCUUGUGCAAGUUCUCAUCAAAAUAUCUUUCUUCUUUCAAAAAUCACUUGAACCGUUGUCAUGAAGAUGAAGUUGACCAAGAGUUACUUGUUUCUUGCCCAGAAUGUGCAUUUGCAUCUCAUUCCAAAAUAAUGGGAAAACAUCUCCGGAUGUUUCAUUCCAAGAAAAAAAUACAAAAUUAUAAUGUGAGUGGUGGCAUGAGACAAUUUCGAAGUGAUGCUUUAAAUUUUGUCUGUCAGAAAUGUCAGUUUACAGACACACUCUACUACAAUACAAAGAAACAUGUGUUGGUAACUCACUUUCAAAACCUAUUGAGGACAUAUUUUGAAGAGAGUCCUGAUGAAAGUGAAGAAAAUUUUACCGAUCACUACUGUAAAAAGUGCAAUGCUUUUGCCAACAGUCGAGAUUCUUUAAUAUAUCAUGUUUUGACAUCAGAAGCCCACAAAGACCUGGAAAAUAUACUGCGGCCUGUCAUUUUGGUACAGCCUAAGAAAGCAGGGCAGGCAAAGUCAUUGCAGAUGGUCAGUAUUGCUCCUAAGCCUUCCACAGCUGGAGUUCCUUCACCACUAAUACCUACCACUGGCUCAAGAGGGCCAUCUUCUUCUACAGCAUGUGUUCAGCGUUCACUUCCACCACUCCAUCAAAAUCCAAAUAUGGUGCCAGCAAAAGCAAUUCCAAACACAGUUGGACCACUGAGUGUUUCAAGUGCCUCUUGUAGUCUGACCCAUACAUCGCCUCUAACUUCAGUUGCUCAGUCACGUAUUACACUCAUGCCUGGUCCUCCUAACCCAGGGGAGCAGAAUAAUGCAACUCUUCAGUCUUCAGUUUCUCAACAGCUCUUUGUUUCCCAUCCGUUCUCCCUAAAACAGCCUGCAAGGCCUGGAGUUUUCUGCCUAAACCAGCCCGCUGGAGCCGUAAACCGAGCUGUUCCUCCAGGGGUCAUUUCAUUCACUCGGCCAGUCAGACCUAGUCUGCUUCCAGUUAAUCAUUCAGCCCAGACAAUUGGCAGUCCCCUUGUACCAAGGACUCUCCCUGUGACCCAACGAGCUGCAUCGCUGAACAGAACCAUUGGACCUAGCUCUAUCCCAAUCAACAGACCUUCUUCACCAGGGAUCCUAGCUGUAAAUCAGCCUAUUGGCAGUUUGAAUCAGCCAGGUGGUGCUGGGGUUCUUCCAGUGACUCAGACUCUCUCACCAGGGAUUCUUCAGUUUAAUCAUCCUGGCACACCAGGUGUUCUUCCUGUAAACCAGUCGGUUGGACCUGGGAUUCUACAGUUUAAUCAACCUGUAGCCCCAGGAGUUCUUCCUGUGAAUCAGCCAGUCAGACCUGGAGCUUCUCAGAACCCUACUUUACUCACUGCAGGACCAAUACUUAGACAGUUAAUCCCAACUGGAAAGCAAGUUAAUGGGAUCCCCACGUACACUCUUGCACCAGUUUCAGUGGCUUUGCCUGUGCCACCUGGUGGUGGGGUGACAACAGUUUCACCACCUCAAGUGCCAGCUCAGCUAAUGCAAUCUGGCCCAGCUUCUCAGGCCCCAGCUACUGUGCCUUCUUCUGCUGUUGUAACCUCUGCCACUAACACUUCUGCCAAGAUUGCUCCCUCUGCUACUGCCGUGAACCUAGCUCUCAAACAGGCUAAACAGUGGAAGACUUGCCCAGUUUGCAGUGAACUUUUCCCAUCAAAUGUCUAUCAGGUGCACAUGCAUUUAGCUCACAAAUUUGGUGCAACAAAGACAGAGGAUGCUCUUGAAACAGACAAAGUUGCAGCCUGUGCACCUUUUUUGAGAUGGCUUAAAGAUGAGACAGUCAGAUGUUUUUCUUGUAAAUGUUUUUUAUCUCAGUCAGAGCUUAUAAAACACAUUUUUACACAUGGAUUGGCUUGCUUGUUCUGUACUAAUACUUUUCAUGACUUAAAAUGUCUUGUGGAUCACACUAGAACUGUACAUAAAGGAAAGAAGAAACUGCAUGCCAAUUACAAUGACAAAGGAUUUCAACUUGAGAGUGAUUCUGAAGGUGACCUCGUGUUUCCUCAUUUUGACUUCAGUAUAACUGCAAAAGAAGAACUUUGUGAAAAGGAAGUGCACCUAGCACUCCUAGCUGGGGUAAAUUCAAGGACCCUUAUUCCCCUCUACAUCAAACUGCAACAUGAAGCUGCUGAAAUGAACAAGGGCAAUAAGAAAGUGUCAACAUGUCCCUUUUGCUAUGCUAUUUUCACUAGCACAGAUGCCUAUGAAAUCCAUUUGAAGGAGAGGCACCAUAUCAUGCCAACUGUGCAUACCAUACUGAAGUCUCCUGCUUUCAAGUGCAUCCACUGCUGCGGUGUAUACACUGGCAACAUGACACUGACUGCUAUUGCUGUGCAUUUGCUCCGUUGCCGGAGUGCCCCAAAGGACAGUACCUCAGCUGUGAAGCUGCAGCUUGAACCCGGUGACAAAAAAGAGCUGCCGCUUGUGAAUGGUGAGAAGCAUGAUGCUGCUUCUUCAGCCAAGAGGAAACAAUCUGACCACCUUUAUGCUGUUGGAGAAGAUGAAAAGAAUGAUGACCAGCCAUUCCUGAUUAUAAAUAGUGGUACGGCCCAAAUUCCAGUGAAGGAUGUGAAUUUUGUGCCUUCCAAAAGACAAAAGACAGAUCAUAAGACAGAAACUAAAGGACAGUUUUCAGUUGAUGAUCUCCAUAUUUUAGCAUUAAAUCCGAAGCCAUUCCAGCAUAGCUCAAAUGAAGUUCAGAAACGGUUUCUUGCUGAUUAUUUUCACAAGAAGCCAUAUCCUACUAAAAAGGAGUUGGAAUUAUUAUCAUCUAUUCUUCAUGCAUGGAAAGUUGACAUUGCAUCAUUUUUUGGAAGAAAGAGACACACUUGCUUAAGGGCAAUAAAAAAACUUACGCCGUCUGUGCUUUUGGGCUUUAAUAUGUCUGAACUUAAAAAUAUAAAGCACAAUUUGAAUUUAAAAUGUGAAUCAGAAGAUGUGUAACUUUAAAAACAAUAACAAAAUGUCCUUCAAUUAAUAUUGCUUAUUACUUCAGCAGUCUCAAUUUAGUUUCUUGUGACAUUAAAAAUUUUUUAAAUGAUGGCCAUAUUUGUGCAAAACCAUAAAACAGAAUUGCAGAGAAUUCUGGCUUAUUGUUCCUGGGUAGUAGACUAGUGCAUGCUGCAUGAUCUAUUGGCUGUAGUAACCAGGAACUCUCAGGGAAGAAAAAAGUUAGCAUUACAUCCUCAACAUCUAGCUUGUUGCCUUCCAGACAAGCUAAACACACACACAUGCACAAAAACUCAGAUGCUGGCAUGUUAGGAGAAUAGCCUUACUUCGAUUAUUAGGAACUAAGUUGAAAGCAGACAGGAGGAGGGGAGAGUUACUUUCCAAUUUUCCAGUCUUGUACAGAGAAGGCUUUCCAUUUCAUAUACAGUAUGUUGCUCUUCAUGCAAGAGUGAUAGAAGUAGGAUGGAGUUCUGGGGCUCGUGUGCAAAGUAAGAGUUGUAAUUGAGAAACCAUGCUAAACCUAUUUGUGCUGAGUUCCUGUUUUCUACAGCUGCUCCUGUUUUGGGGUGAGAGAAAGUGGGUGGGAUCAGGCAACAUGCACCAAGCACACUGGUCAUGAAAGUUAAUGCAAUGCAUUACGUUUGGGCAAUUGUUCAUUGUGGCAGUGGGGUACAGUAUAGUAUACUUGAGGCUGUCUCUUUUGUUUCCAUUUUUUUGUUUGUUGUGUAGUUUUUUCAGCUCAUGAUUUUUUAUGUAUUAGUGUAACAAAUGUUCAGAAUUUUUUAAAAUAGCAGUUGUAUUUACAAAUGCAAAUUUUGGUAAAAUAUCAAACCUGGUUAGAUGGUUAUAAUAAUAAUAAAAACCCUACUCCUUUUUAAA